CUGUCCUUGAAGGUUCUUAGGAAGCCCAUGGGGGCAUACUCGGAAACAGAAAGCCUGCUGGGGAGGAGCAUAGCCUCGCUCCCGUCCUACUCUCCAAUGAAGCUCCAGCUUAGGCGGUUCAGUGUUGAUGAACACAGAGCAGAAAGCCGCGUACGUACUUUAAAUCAAAUCUUCAAUCUGUGAAUCGUGUAAUAAAUGUUAAAACGAGCAUAAAAGUUGAAUCUUUAUUAGUCCAAUAUUUCACAAAUAUUCCAGCAAAAUCCCAUGAGUACUUGCUAUCAAAAGUCUCUGAGGGCUUUCCUCGAACACGAAUCAGUCAUCAAGACAAAGCACCAAGCAAAAGAACUCCAUGCACGACUCAUCAGAACAAUGGCGCCAGUAUCAGCAAUUCUCAACUCUAAGAUCAUCUCCAUUUACUCGAACUUUAACCUUUUACAAGAUUCUUUAACUCUUUUCAACACUAUUGAUUCACCACAGCCCACAAAGGCCUGGAAAUCCAUCAUUAAAUGCUAUGCUUCAAGCGGGCUUUUCUUGAAUUCCUUGACUUCUUUUAAUGAAAUGAGGUCUGUCGGAAGAAUCCCAGAUAGAAAUGUGUUCCCUUCUGUGUUAAAAUCUUGUGUGCAAUUGAGGGAUCUAAGGCUUGGUGAGAGUGUUCAUGGCUGUGUUAUGAGGCUUGGCUUGGAUUGUGAUCUUUAUACUGGGAAUGCAUUGAUGAAUAUGUAUGCCAAGUUGCAGCUUCCAAAGGCCCAACAGCCGUUUGAUGAAUUUCCUGAAAGAAAGAAGCAGGUAGGUAGCUUUAGAAAUAGUUGGAUGGGAAUUAAUCAUCCAGAUGAGGUUAAUGUACAUUUAAUAAGUGGAGUUGGGUUGAAAGAUAUGACUGAAAAGCCUAUAGAGAUGGAAGCUUUAGGAAUGGAUACAGUAAGGAAAGUUUUCCAAACGAUGCCAAUAAGAGAUGUUGUUUCAUGGAAUACGAUUAUUCAGGGAAAUGUUCAUGGUGGGCGCUAUAAGGAAGCUUUGGGAAUGUUAAGAGAAAUGGGAAAUUCUGACUUGAUGCCUGAUUCAUUUACUUUGUCUACUGUGCUUCCUAUCUUUUCUAAGUAUGUUGAUCUCAAGAAGGGAAAGGAGAUCCAUGGCUUUGCAAUUAGACAUGGGUUCGAUGGAGAUGGUUUCAUUGGGAGCAGUUUGAUUGAUAUGUAUGCAAAUUGUACCAGGGUGGAGGAUUCAUAUAAAUUGUUUAGUUUGUUACCUCAGUGUGAUGCUGUUUCUUGGAACUCAAUUAUAGCAGCAUGUGUACAAAAUGGUAGGUUUGAUGAAGGCUUGGAACUGUUCAGGCAGAUGUUGAGGGCUGAUAUUGAGCCUCUGGGACAUUCAUUUUCGAUAAUAAUGCCGGCUUGUGCUCAUUUGACAACCCUAACUUUGGGGAAGCAGCUUCAUGCAUACAUAAUUAGGACAGGGAAUGUUGAGAAUUUAUAUGUAGCUAGCUCACUGGUGGACAUGUAUGCUAAAUGUGGGAACAUAAAAAAUGCUUGGUGGAUUUUUGAUAACAUGGAAAUACAAGAUUCAGUUUCCUGGACAGCCAUGAUUAUGGGGUAUGCAAUGCAUGGGCAUGCUCAUGAUGCCAUCUCAUUGUUUGAGGAAAUGCAGAUGGCAGGAGUGCAGUCUAAUUCUGUGGUCUUUGUUGCUGUUUUGACUGCUUGUAGCCAUGCUGGAUUGGUCAAUGAAGCUUGGAAAUAUUUCAGCACUAUGACUCAAAAUCAUGGGAUUGCUCCUGAACUGGAACAUUAUGCUGCGCUUGCUGAUCUUCUUGGUCGAGCAGGAAGACUACAGGAAGCUUAUGACUUCAUCUCUAGCAUGCAUAUAAAACCAACAGGGAGUGUUUGGUCUGCACUAUUGUCUGCUUGCCGAGUUCACAGAAAUUUUGAAAUGGCUGAUAAGGUGGCUAAAGAAAUAUUUAAGAUUGAUCCCGAGUACACAGGUGCUUAUGCUCUUUUGUCAAAUAUGUAUGGUGCUGCUGGAAGUUGGAAAGAGGCUCAAAAAAUAAGAAUCACCAUGAGACGAAAAGGCAUGAAGAAGAAACCAGCUUGCAGCUGGAUUGAAGUUAAGAACAAAGUACAUGCUUUUGUGGCAGGAGAUAAAUCUCACUCAUUUUAUGGUCAGAUAAAUGAGGCUCUGCAAGAUAUUUUAGAGCAAAUAGAGAACGAAGGUUAUGUGCCUGACACAAGUGAGGUUCCACAUGAUGUUGAUGAAGAGCAAAAGAGGUAUGCUGUGAGCACUCAUAGUGAAAGGCUAGCAAUAGCAUUUGGUAUUAUUAGCUCUCCUGCUGGGACAACCAUUCGCGUGACAAAGAAUCUUCGUGUAUGUGUGGACUGCCAUACAGCAAUAAAGUUCAUAUCAAGGACUAUGGGCAGGGAGAUUAUUGUCAGAGACAACAUUCGUUUUCAUCAUUUCAAGGAUGGUAAUUGUUCAUGUGGAGAUUAUUGGUGAGAAACUGUGUGAUGGCAUCAAUCAUGUAGAUACCAGAAGUUUGUGUUUGUUAUAUUGUCAGUUGACGAUCAAAUCUGGAGUAUCCUUGGGUGAUAGAUGGUGCUUAUAUGUAAUUAACCAUUAUCUAAAGGUGGAGUGCAUCCUUUUCUGGUUAACGCUGAGAUUCUAUGACCCUAAAGUCUUAGAUGAGGUUGAAUGCUUUAGUGGUGAAGGUCAGGGCACCUUUAUCUUUUGCAUUCAAGUAAAUCUAUAGCUAAGACAGAGCAGAGAUUUCUAGUUUGCCCAAGUUUUUGACAAACCCUUUUAUUGCUUUGGUGGCUACUAGAAGGUGUUAUGUAUAUAUAUCCAAUCUCAAACCCUGGUAAGUGGGAAGGGAGUCAAUCAACAUGCCUGCUCAAACCUAAUUUUAUUUACUCAUCAAACAGAAGUCUUCUGAUAGCAAUUAUUGGAGAAACUUCUUCAUAUCAUAUUCUGGAGGGACAUUUUUGGUACUAUAUCAGUAUUGCUCAUUAAUGGAUUUUUAGCUACUUGGAUGUAUAUGCAAGGUGAGGGCAAAAGCUUUCACUAUGAGGAGAAAGUUCUGCUCCAGAUUGAAUCAGUAAAAAGAAUUUCUAGCAGGUCAAGUGGGUAAAUGAAUUGAUGACUAGCGGUCCUGCAUGAGAUCCCAUUGUUAUGGUCGUCUAGUGAAUAUUCUGGUGAAGAUGUUCGAAGCUGGUAUGUGGUGUCAUACUCAUGAGGCCAGAAAAGCAUGUUCUACUGUGGAUUGCUAAUGUGGGGAUGAUUGUGACAACUUUACCAGUCUCAAACUCUCCUGGAAGACGUUCAGAAUUGUGAAUUACCAUUGCACUCGAGACAUUUAUAUUGUCCGACUUGCUGAUCAUUUUAAACAGCCAGCAGGAUGACUUUCAAGCAAAACCAACAACGAAAUUCUUGGAGAAGAACCGUCGUAAAAUGUUCAGAAAAAGAUAAAAAAAAAAAAAAGAAGAAGAAGACGGUCUGCUACAAAUCUGGAAGGCGAAUGUAAUUGAAGUUUCGAUCUACUAGCAUUGUAGCUGGAUAUAUGUAGUUAUAUAUGUUUAUGCUCAGUAUGUGUAGACUUUAUGAUGGAUAAAGGACUUUCAACUUUGUUAUGUCAAUACAUGGGGAAAGUGAUGAAUGAUGUUCUCGUGUAGUUGCUCCAAGUUUAAGCUAGGUCAUGAUGGAUUUCUGCCCUGUUUUCUAUGCAAGCAUAUGAAGUGAAUCCAUCAAGCUAGCUAUACUCUUCGAGCACAAGACAAAUGUUCAAAAUUUUCUCCAUUUUAGGUGGAUCUUGCUUCAGUU